AUGUUUUUGUUCGAUUGGCCAAGUGAAUGGAAUGUUUAUGUUCGAGUAAAUAUACAGGAUACAGAUAACUUACGUUUCCUUUUUUAUCUCCCGGCUUUCAAAAUGUCUUACAUCAGGAAGUUAGCUAAAUUACAAGAGAAAGAAGCUCAACAAAGGGCCGCUGAAAAGGAAAAAACUUCAGACGAAACACCUUCAAACAGUUCUAGGGAACAAAGCCCACAACCAACUGACUUCCAGCAAGAAUCAUCCCUUGGUUCGUUAGACUACGAAGCUGUUACAGACGCGACUGAAAAUGUUAAAUCCAGUGGCAAAAAAUCAUACAACCGUUGGUCAGAAAAAGAAAGAUUUGAUAUCGGAAAAUAUGUUGCGAUUCAUGGUGGUGCGGAAGAAAAAAAGAGGAACGAUGAAGAAGAGUAG